ACACAUGCUCACACACACACACACACACACACACAUACACGUUUAUGGACACACGGAGCCGCUGCAGGUUGGAGCAAACGUCUCCUACUCUCUCUGCUCUUGCCAGGUUACCGAAAAGCGGUUGUUUGCUUUCGCAGUCUGCGGCGAGCCUCGUCGUGACAGAGUUCGGAAACGGCUGAAGGAGGAGUGACGGGGGGGAGAAAAAGGUUUUUGGCUUGACUUAACUACUCUCCUGGAGUACAUUGGAACAGGCGGUGUCCUCCUGUCAGAAAAACACACUUCCUCUGACACAUGGCUGACAGCGGGAGACGGAAGGGGUGAGAGAGAGUGCGGGACUGACAUACACGCACAGAAAGAAAAAGGCAGUCGGCCAUCUGUUGUCAGUCCCCUGCUAUUCUGCAGUUGCGCUGGAGUCAGAAAACGGUUCACAGCUCCGUCAGGACUACAGAAACACAAAGAAAGUGAGAUAAGGGGGUUCUUCCUACAUCGUAUGAUUGCUCGGGCAAUGUUCAGGCCUCACUGGUAUUGAAUUAGGCCCCUGGGGCUGCUUCUUUGGCAAAAUGGGUGAUACCCCAGCUGGAUCUUCUGCUGUCACCAUCCUCCACAGCUAUCAUUAGUGGCUAAUGAGCCGCUGCUAGAGAGGAAACGGAGAAGGUGCCUAUGGAGAGAGGAGGAACCUUACAGCUGUUAUUUAGAGGCCCGGAGAUCUCAGACAAGGAAUUAUUUGCCUCUGCAAGAGAGUGGAACCCUUUCAAGCUCUUUUGGGUGCAAGCAUGAGAGGAUAUCAACUUUGGAAGUCGUUUUUUGGUGUUGAUUGCUAUUUUUUUGCUCUAGCAUUGUAUGUAUUUGAAAGUUGUCAAUAUGCAGUUAAAAGACAUGUUUUUUCGGCAAGAUGAUUUAUUAUUAAGACAGAUUACAACAAAACAUUCUAAUCUGUUAGGAUUUUUUUGUUUAAGCUUUGUUUUUUACUUUGAUAUUAUUUUGACCUUCCUAUGCCCUGAAGGACAUUGGUCACAAUGGCAGCAGCCUAUCGUGUAGUGGUGAGCAGUGUGAGCUGCUACAACAGUGUGGUAGUGGACCGGCGCACUCACUCCCAUGCUGUGCACUACUGCUCUGGGCCAUGUGGGGCGCUGUCCCAGGGACUAGACUGUACUGUUGCACACCACGGCACAUGCUCCGAGCUGCUUGUUGCACCUGAUCCUGCAUAUACCGACCCAAACUGCUCACUCUUACACUCCUGUAACAUGAACAGCCAUCAAAUUCCUAACCAUGGUAAAAUGAGUGUUACCAUGGAUACUAGUUAUAAUAGUUGUCUAGAGAGGGCAAGCAGCAGUAGUAAUUUGUCUGUAGGGGAGGAUAGCCCCACGUGGCGUAGUAAAAAGACCCCCAGUGGCGGAGCAUCGACUGGGAACCUGAGCUCCUCUGGCAGUCUGAAGGACAUUACCGAAGAGGCCAUCAACCUGGCCAGUGGUAAGCUCAAAGAGUUUUCUUUUGACAAACUGCGCCUGUCCUCCUCUAGCCACGUCACCUUCAGGAAAGGUCGUAAGGUUCGCCCCGACUCUUUCAGCCGCCGCUCCACUGACCUGGAAAUCAUCUACGGCCAUUUCAGCUCCAACAUCACCACAAACGGAAUGACUAAUGGAAUGACAAAUGGCAUGGCUACUUCUAAUGAUGAGAACCUGCCACCAUUUGUGCCAGGGAAAGGAGCAGGCCUGGAGGAGACAAAGUUAAAGGGAAACACAGGCACCAUGUCAGCCAUCACCAAGGUUGGAGGUGGAUCAACAAGCAGUCUAUCAAGUAUUGGGUCUUUGGACCAAAGUCUGAACACAGUUGCAUCCUUAUACCUUAACGCCCUGGGAGAGGAGAACCUGAUUGCCCGGUUGCUUGAAAAGACAAGGGCAGAGGCGGGCAGUGGGGGAGCAGGUGGGGAGGACAUCCGUGCCUGCCUUGACAUCCUGCUUAAAUGUUCUGAAGACCUAAAGAAAUGCACCGACAUCAUCAAACAGUGCAUCAGACGCAAAGCUGGUGGAGGGCCAGAAGAAGGAGGAGCCAGUCCUGACAGUGUGUAUCGGGCCGUGAUGACCCGUCUCAGCUCCUAUUUGAAGAGACUACCUCUGGAGCUGGAAGGCAUUGGAAGUUUGGGAGGCAGUGGACCGGGGGGUCAGGGUGCACCUGGAAGUGGGCACAGCGAUCUGGCUGAGCUGGUCAACACUCUUCACUCCAUCCAGCAGGGACCUUAUUCUCCAAUAUUUGGCAAUGAGCAGCCUCCUCGCUAUGAGGAUGUGGUGCAGUCACCUCCCAUUCAAAAGACUGUUCCUCACUCUGCAUCUUCCACUCCCUCUGUUUUAUCUUCCACCUCAUCUUCUUUCAAAUCAGACUCCAUCCAUACCAAACUAGUCCAAAGCUCCCAGUCCAGAGGUACUUCUCUUACCAAUGGACUACAACAUCCACAUCCUUCUUCUAUCACACAACACACACUCACUCCCCCAUCUGUCACAUGCUCUCCGUCCAGCUCCUCUCCUACACACUCUCCAUCCUCUCUUCGCACCUCCCCGACCCCACCGUACACACACACUCCUCCAGCAUCCCCCAUGGAGGCUCUUUAUAUUGAGGAGGAGGAAGCAGAUGUGGGCAAGACACCAGAACAAAUCUCACAACAAACACACACUACCCAGAGCAAAAAUGGGACAACAUUGGGUCAAGACAUGCUCCUGACCCAUUCACACACACUCCAUAACUCUUCAAAUGCUUUGCCAGCCGACACUGGCUACAGCCCCACUUGGCUUUCCUCUGUCUCACUAACAGUUUCAGCACCCAAAGCUGUCUCACACAGAAAUGAUGACAUUGACAAGCUGCUGAUGGAUUUGGAGAAUCUGUCUCAGAGUAUGAGCCACCCCAGAAACACCGAGCCUCCACUUCCAGCGAAAACCAGGAAGAGAGAAGGAGGCCAGGGAAUCACUUCCAGUGAGACCCUCGCUAAGCCCAAAAUUACCCAGUUCCAAGUCCAGAAGCCAGCCAGCCACCUGGCCAUGAAUGGCCCUAGCUCCAGGACUCCUCAGGGAGAGAACAAUGAAGCUGUUGUGGGAGAGGAGGAUGAUGGGGCACUGCUGCUGAGGAUCCUGGAGAGCAUUGAGAGUUUUGCCCAGGAGCUGGUGGAUUCUGGGGCAGGGAGCACAGGGAGUGCUGAGAGGAAGAGUGGGAAGGAGCGGGAGGUGAUGAGGCUUCUGCAAGAUACACUGGCCACCACCGGCAGGGCUGACACCCCUCUGGAAAGCAUAAACCCACCAGAUGCUCCCACUGCUCCAUCCAUACAAACAAACGCAGUCCCAGCUAUACCGGCAAAACACUCCCAGGUAAAUACAUCUAAAGUUUCAACUGCUCCGACACCUAUAACUGCAGGAUCUGAAGCUGUGUGCAAUGCUGCAUCCAAAUCUGCACCUAAACCUACACCUGGUGCUGCCCCCACACCUCUGCCUACACCCGUACCUGAACCUACAACUGAGGCUACUGAUAAAGUUACAGAAGGCUCUACAGGUGAGACUGAUCCAAAAUCCAUCCCUGCCCCUGAAACACCUGCACCUGCCAGCUUGCAUUCCUCCACACCAUCAGCGGAUCCUGCACCUGUGGCUGCACCUGAAGCUCCAGCCCCUGUUUCCAUCCCAGUAGUGGUAGCCACAAGUGAUGCUGCCGUUGCUUUUGGCGACCCUGCUGCUGUGAGAGACACUGGUUCAACCCUCCUCAUCCAGCAGACUCCAGAGGUGAUCAGAGUCCAGUCCAAACCAGAGAAGAAACCAGGUACACCUCCUCCGGCCCCCGCCCUGGCCACAUCUGCACCCACCCCCACACCACGCUCACCCAGCCCUCCUCCGGCUCCAGUGAUAGUCACCCCUCCUCCCCCUGCCAUCAACAUUCCCAGGUUCUACUACCCCCGUGGGCUCCCUGCCGUGGGCCCGGCCACCAACCACGACGCAGCCAUUGCUGCCGUCGAGACUGCCUUCACUGAGUUUGAGGAGGAGAAGGCUGACAUAUAUGAAAUGGGCAAGAUCGCAAAGGCAUGCGGGUGUCCACUUUACUGGAAAGCCCCCAUGUUUUACUCAGCAGGUGGUGAGAGGACGGGCUUUGUCUCUGUUCACUCAUUCAUUGCAACCUGGAGGAAGUUGUUGCAUAGUUGCCACGAUGAUGCAUCAAGGUUUAUUUACCUGCUAGCUAAACCCAGCUGUAACUACCUGGAACAGGAGGACUUAAUUCCUCUACUGCAGGACAUAGUGGAUACACACCCUGGGCUCACAUUUCUGAAGGAUGCACCUGAAUUCCAUUCCCGCUACAUAACUACGGUGAUCCAACGGAUAUUCUACGUGGUCAACCGUUCGUGGACUGGUCGUAUCACCAUGAUGGAGUUGCGCAGGAGCAACUUCCUACAGACCUUGGCCCUGCUGGAGGAGGAGGACGACAUCAACCAGAUCACUGACUACUUCUCCUACGAACACUUCUACGUCAUUUAUUGCAAGUUCUGGGAGCUGGACACCGACCAUGACCUCUACAUUGACCCAAAAGACCUGGCAAGAUACAAUGACCAUGCAUCCUCAAACAGAAUCAUUGAAAGAUUGUUUUCAGGGGCUGUUACUCGCUCCGUCUCUCCCGUUUCCAGGGGUAACGCUGUGCAGAGAGAAGGCAGGAUGAGCUACGCUGAGUUUGUCUGGUUCCUUAUAUCUGAAGAAGACAAGAAAAAUCCCACCAGUAUAGAGUACUGGUUCCGCUGCAUGGACACGGAUGGCGAUGGUGUCCUGUCCAUGUUUGAGUUGGAGUAUUUCUAUGAGGAACAGUGUGAGAGGAUGGAAAGGAUGGGCAUCGAACCUCUGCCCUUCCAGGAUUUACUCUGCCAGAUGCUCGACCUGGUCAAACCUGAGAGCCAAGGUAAGAUAACCCUUGGUGAUUUGAAGCGUUGCAGGAUGGCUCACAUAUUCUUUGACACCUUCUUCAACCUGGAGAAAUACCUGGACCACGAACAAAGAGACCCAUUUGCUGUGCAAAAGGACAUUGAUAGUGAAGGUCCAGAGCCAUCUGAUUGGGAUAAAUAUGCUUCAGAGGAGUAUGAGAUACUGGUGGCAGAGGAGACUGCCAAUGAACAACUACAUGAGGGGUCAUUUGAUGAUGAUUAUGAAUCUGAGGAGCUUCAAAUCCCUGGAGAGAUUGGGAAUAAAAUGGAAAAACUGGUCAUAUCAGACCUGUCAGCGUAAAACUCUUUCCCUGGAAUUCCUGGGCAUUUCUCUCUGGAAAACAAACAGGAACAGAGUGAUAGAAGAUCCCUUUAAAUGGAUGCAUCAAAAAAUACAUGGAUGUUAAGACAGAGAGAUUUUUGGCAUCUGUUUAUCGAAGACUCUGGAGUCUCCUCAGAACGGACUUUGUUUGUGUGUGUGUGACCGUAAACCAGUACUGUUCUGUAGCUGGUGCAAUAAUGCAUCUGUAUUCAUGCAGAAAACAAUAUCGCUGCCUUCAGCUCUUCUCGCCAUCCGAAGCAGCACAGCCAGCGGAGGGGUGAGAAGUGUUCGAUAAGCUCUAAAAGGAAUCAAGAAAGAAAAACUUCACUGUAAAAUAAUGUAAUUACCAUUGUGAAUUCUCUACUGACAAUCCUGCCACAAGACAAUCACCUGAAUUUGCAGUUGUCACUGUGCUAAAAGUAGACUGUCAGUUACACAAAUAGACUCCUAGUUGGAGAAACAUGGACACAGAAAGAUAAUUAUAGUUAUAGACACUGCCACAGUCACCAAACAGUCAGCUGCUCAAUUGUGAUACAUACAGACAGACACUGCCAUCAGAAACCUGCUGCCUGUGCAGCCUGUCACUGUGUUCCUUGUCAAGGAAAAAGUUCGAACUCCUGUCUCUUCAGGGACGAAUCAUGUUAACAGUUUGUGUGAUUGUAACAGCACCUCUCUGUGGUGGGUCUGUGCUACUACAUGCCAUGCCUGUCAAGCACAAUGCAUAAUGGCUAGCCAACCUUUCCAAGAGGGAGUUGAGUUCAUCCCUCCACCUCUGAACUCCAUUUGCAGUCAUUUCUAAACCCUGGAAAUAGAGUACCAGCCAUCCACUUCACUGCAUUAACUCUCAAUCAGGUCAUAGGGAAACAUAUGCACAUAAAAUUAUGCAUGUUAACAAACAUAUCAAACUCUCUGGUAGAGUUGCCCACACAUUUCCACCUGUAGCAUUAGUAAUAACAUAAUAGAUACGCAUAAGAACUGUGAGUUGUUCCUGUCAGUCUCAUGCAAUUAUACAGCACAUCCCACUGUAUGUUUUCUCACAUGUUGAUUGUGUACAGUACCUUGUAAUUACCUUGAUCUUUUUUGCCAUUUAUGCCAAAAAUUGUCAUAUACCAUUUGUUCAUGAACCUUUCUGAUGUCCAUUCUCCCUGUAACUCACAUACCAAACACGCCAUAGGGACUUAAAGGGUCAGAUCACCCAAAUUAUGAACACCUCUAGUGGUAUCAAGCCUGCAGAUAGUUUUGGGUUUGUUUGCAGAACUUUUAUUACUUUGAGAUUUUUGCCUCAAUCACAGUACAGUGGGAAAUAAUGGAAUUUCAACUGUGAAUCCUAUAACAUUGACAAAGUUUUCAUUGGAGCUACUUUCUACCAAUGAAGAUUCUUUGUGUAAACUUCUGAAAGUGAGGUCUGUGAUUCAUCCACAGUAACAAGAAUACUGGUUCUUGCAAGACAGAUUGCUGUUGAAUUUAUGAAAAAAAAAUUUUCCAUGCUUUAAGCGCCAGCAUACUUCCUUUUACUUUUAAUGUAUCGAAAUGGAGGCAGAAAUCUCAAGAGACGUAUACCUUAUAUCCCGGGUAAAUAAUAUCCAAACUUUUUACAUAGAUAGAUUCACUAAUUGAGAUUUUGUAUUUUAAUUUGGGUGGAUUGACCCCUUAACUCCAUUAUUACCAUGCUGCACUCACAGGGACAGGUGCAAGUGUUUACACUGCCCUUAUUGUAAUAGCUAGGAGCAUGUGUUUGCUUAUAAAUCACUGAUAGAGGGGUGUGUUUUAGGAGCGUGUGAUGUGUAGCUAUCAGUUUCAGGCUGUUUGUAUGUCAUAGCUGUUGCCAUGGGGAUGUGUUCCACGGAGUCUGUGUGUGCGUGUGUGUGCACGCGCGCUUGUAUAACUCUUUAAUUAGGAAUGGGACAGCUCUUGUCCUCAAUGGCUUCAAAUUCACUGGCAUAUACCUCCUUUACUGGCACUUACUGUACACAGACACACAGAGACACUUAUACACACACCGCACUAUAGUUGCUAUUGAAAGGGAGAAAGAGAGCUAGUGGAUGCUGUAAGGCCUUAAGGACCUUAAGUUUCCCCCUGCUGCUCUAGCUAUUGUAAAUGUGCCUGACUGUGUAUUAAACUAUAUUAAUAUUAUAAUAACAAAUAAUAAGCCAUUAUAGAUAUAACGGCUUUGAUUUUUGAUGUAUUUUGAUGGUUUGUACUGCUGUGCCACUGUGUGGCUAGGGAUGGGGGGGUAACUUAUGCUAGAUGUGUGUAUGUUUGUGUGUUAGAUGCAUGGUGGAUUCCAUCAGCAGAAGUGGGGGAAGCCUCUGGAGGACUGAUCUGACACAAAAUAUGAGAUACAUCUCAUAUAGAGACCUCUCGAUGUUUCACUGCUGUGGUCACAUACACACACACUCUCAAGGAGACCCAUUCAUCCAGACAGUAUUGUAGAACUGUUGAAGGCAACAGGAUGUCUCUGGUUGAUAACUUCCUGGCUCUGUGUAAUGUAUCCUGGUGCUCGCACAUUCAGCAUCAAGCAAGGAGAGAAGCCAUGCAAGACUUUUAUUUUGAAGUGAGUCUCUACUGUGAGAGGUAGAGAGGAAAGUUUUACUUUGACAUACUUCCUCUGUGCAGAGGAGACUUGAGCAGGCUGAAAUGCAUUCAGAUCCUAAAAGUUAUUGUAUUGGCAUGGGUUUCUUUCUUUCUCUCUCUCUCUCUCUCUCUCUCUCUCUCUCUCGUUAUUUGUUGCUUUUAUCUGAAGUUUAAA